GCAUGCGCAGCUGCUGCGCCUCGUCAGAGGAGUCAAGUGAACAGUCUGAAUGAGCUUCACCCGUGCGUCCGAGUCUGAAGUGAUGAUGAUGGGGGACUGGAGCAGUGUUCACAACAGGACAGGUCAGUGCGCUCCGCUGCUGUCUCCUGCGGUCGGGACUCUGAAGCUGGUGUCCGGUGAUGGGACGAGCGUGGGCAGCGUGAUGAGCCUCCAGUGUCCCUCCAGACACCGAGCGGUCAGCGGCGGUCAGAUGUCCUGUGUGUGGAGCAUUAAUCAGACGCACUGGAGCGGAGGGACUCCGGAGUGUAAACCUCUGUCUCGGUUCGAGGAUGAUGGCUUUCGUUUAGCUGUUCUGGCGUCCUUCAUCAGCCUAGCCAUCAUUCUGAUCAUGUGCAUCAUCUUCAUCACUUCCUGUCUGGUGAGACAUGUGAAGCGCGAGGAGAGGAGAAAGAUGGAGAGGGCAAGAAAAGCUGGAGCAGCAGAGUUUUGGCCUCAAAUAGGUGUUGAGGGUGUGGAGGUGCAGAGAGAGGUGUUACACAGCCAGAAAACCACAAACCACAACAACAACAACAACAACAGUGGAGGAGAGAGAGGGCACACAGACCACACUGUCUGCAGGUGUCUUGAUCAAGAGAAGCCCUGUCCUCCGAGCGCACAUCCGUCCCAGGUCUCUGUGAUACUCAGUCCUCCCUCUGACUACCUCAUACACACACUCAUGGGUCCCGUCGAAGCCCGUGACGCUGCAGGGGACAGACAGGUUCAUGACACGCUCUGGAACAGCCCUCGUCCACCACCUGUCCACAUGAUGUCUGUGUGAGGAUGUGCUGAAGACCUGUUAUAAUGAUGCAAACUGGGACUUAACUGAGAACUGGAACUUCUUUCACCUGUUGUUCUGUUUGUUUUUUAGAUGAUAGUGUGUAUUGAAUUUUCUUUGCACUUAUGCCAUUGCACGUGAUACUGGCCAAACAUCAGUAUCUAGUUUGGAGCAAUGGGCAACAAAACAUGUUUUAUAGUAAAUUGUUGUAUGACUACUUGACCUGCACCAUUCCUGGAUGUUUCCACACAGUAUGCCUCAUUCCCUUAACAUUAAGAAUGUAGAGCUUGCAGGAAAACAAUCCAAAUGAUGCUAAUGCUUGACAAUGUAAAUAUGCUUUUUUGAUGCACACUUGAAAGAAUCAUUACAUCCUCAUGGAAAUAAAGAUUCAAGAUUUUUUUUGUACACAAACUAAAGACCAAAGCCAGCUUUAAAAUGUGGAGCUGUCAGCUGGAGUUGGUGCCUCUGAAUAUAAUGUGUGAAUAAAGUGGCACACUGAA